AUGGCCAUCCGAAAGGGAACCCCUGCCUUGCGCUGCGUGCCAUGCUGCGACGCACAGGCAAUCGGAAGCAAACUGCUGAUUUUGGUGCUUUGCUUGAACAUCCAGUCGGAAGUGGAAUCUUGCCCCGGGGCGUGUGUAUGCUACAGUGAACCCAAGAUCACAAUAAGCUGUCAGCAGCAGGGACUGACAGUAAUCCCCACUGAGAUCCCCAUACAGACCCAGCGCAUCUUCCUGCACAACAACAAGAUAACCCUGGUGAGGUCCACCAGCUUCAGUUCCUGCCGCAACAUGACGAUCCUUUGGAUCCAUUCCAACAACAUCAGCCUCAUCGAGUCCGGGGCAUUUUAUGGGCUUGACAAACUGGAGGAGUUAGACCUCAGUGACAAUGUGAACUUGAAGUCCAUCAAUCCCACCACUUUCCGGGGUCUCAUUCACCUUCACGCCUUACACCUGGAUCGCUGUGGGCUCCUGGAGCUCUCCACAGGGCUUUUCCGAGGGUUGUUCUCCUUGCAGCAUCUCUACCUUCAGGAUAAUAACCUGCAGAACCUGCUGGAUGACACUUUCCUAGAUCUUGCAAAUCUCACCUACCUGUUUUUGCAUGGUAAUAAAAUUAAGAGCUUGUCAGAGAAUGUCUUUCGUGGGCUGAUCAACCUGGAUCGGCUCCUGUUGCACCAGAACAGAGUCAGCCUGGUUCACCGCAGGUCUUUUCAUGACCUGGGGAAAGUGAUGACCUUGUAUCUGUUCAAUAACAACUUGACGGUGCUCACUGGAGAAACGAUGGCUCCCUUGGUGUCCCUCCAAUACCUUCGUUUAAAUAGCAACCAGUGGAUCUGUGAUUGUCAGGCUCAGUCCCUCUGGAAUUGGUUUAAACAGUUUAAAGGAUCUUCAUCGGAGCUGGAGUGCCAUCUGCCCACUAACUUGGCAGGGAGAGACCUCAAAAGACUGCAGAGCAGCGACUUGGAAGGAUGUAUCGACUCUUUCAAUCAGAUAAGAACAAGUGUUUUUAGUACUAAGACCAGAUCUGGCAAACUGCCAACCACCGACUCCCCUCUAAAUUCCCGGGACGGCACCCAGAAGUGCUGCCAACCGGAAACGGAUAAAUCCUUUAUUUAUGAAGCCAAGGGCAAAGCAAGUCCAUCUUCACACAGCAGCCGUCCGUCCCCCAACAACCCUUUCAAAGACAAGGAGAACAUGUCCAAGACCAAGUACAUCGAAACAGACCCUUCCAAAAACGGGAGCAACAAGCAGAUAAACGACUCCCCUUUUGGGACCUUCCCCAGCGUUGUAGACCCUCCAUUGACCAAGUUGAAACCAGAAUUCCUAGCUCCCAUUCAACCCUCCACAGUCCCAACCAAAAAGAGGCAGGGGUGCUCGAAAAAAAACAAGUCGAAGGCCCAGUGCCGCCUCACCCAACAAGGAAACAGCUCCACAUUACAGCCAAGCCUAAAUCUUUUGCUUCCCCUCUUGGUGUGGAGCUUACUGUUGUUCUGCUAA